AUGUUGCGUCUACUUGGUCAAGGCCGUUUCGCUCAGGUCUGGUUGGCGAAACUAGAACCCUCGACUGGAACAGAUUCCGGUUUGGAUAUAUCACAUCGGUCACCCUAUUCAGAUCCGUUGAGUGAUAGUUUAUUACUACCCGACGCUUCUCAGCCGAAUGACUCAAAUGGUCGCUCGUCUCCUCCCAACUCUACAGACACUCAAUCCCGUUUGGUUGCCGUGAAAAUUUUCCCUGCCGCUGAACAACGAACCUGGGCAAACGAAGCCGCGGUGUUUAGAAUUCUUCGGUCCACUAUCACCCGAUCUGCUUCUGAAAUUGAUACCUGUUACCACUUGAUUCGCCUGUCUGGUGCAGGAAAAGUACACAACGAAUAUCGUCUUGUGUUGGAAUAUGCUCCACGAGGUAGUUUGCGGGACUUGUUAGAUCGAGGGGAAUGGUACCCGUUACAGUUAGUGCUAAAUUUGGCGCGUGACAUGGUUCGCGGUCUGUGCUACUUGCAUGCCGAUUAUCCGACAGUAGAUCGACCUUCGAUUGCACAUCGGGAUGUGAAACCGGAGAACGUACUGAUUCGGUCAGAUGGAUCGGCUUGUCUAUCAGACUUCGGCCAGUCUGUGGUUCUCGAUACCCGUUUAAGUGACGAAGUGGUCCGAUCUGAUCGAACCGGUCCGGCCGCCGCCGCCACAACGACCACCAUGUUGUCCAACAAUCUGGUCAGUUGUGGAACAAACUUUGACGCAGUCCCUAAGGCGGGAACGUUACGGUAUAUGGCCCCGGAAAUUCUGGACGGAGCGAUUCAGUUCACCGGACGAUCAAUUCUUUGUACAGAUAUCUACUCGCUUAGUUUAUGCCUGUGGGAAUUGCUCAGCGCCGCAGUGCCUCCGACAUCGGUCGAACUAUUGCAAACCGGUACCAACACUACGGAUCCAACGGUACACACGAAUACACAAAAACAGGUUGUC